CUAUAAAAGAACACCCCGAUCAAUCAAUUACUCUAUCCAUUCCAUUGCGGCAGUGCAGGAGGAGGACGAGCAACCACACAACAACGAACCGCCGCGACGACGACGGCACAGAGAAAGCCAUGAAACCCACCAACGCCCGAGCGCGUUCUUCCGUUCGAAGCCUGCUGGUGGCGGGGGCUUUGUCCGCGGUGCUGAUGCAGCGGAGGGGCGCUUCCGGCCUCUCGCUCUCGGUGUCAUCGCCGAGAACCCCCCGGUCCACCGCUCUGUCCGCCACCGUGGAAGCCCCCGAGGGCAAAACCAAGGCCAAAGGCAAAACCAAAACCAAGGCCGAGGCCACCGCCCCCGAGUACGGGGCCGGACAGAUCACCGUCCUGGACGGCCUCGAGCCCGUCCGGAAGCGGCCGGGCAUGUACAUCGGAUCCACGGGCCCCGACGGCCUGCACCACCUGGUCUGGGAAGUCGUCGACAACUCGGUCGACGAGGCCCUGGCGGGCCACGCCAGCUUCAUUAGCACCACCAUCAACGAGGACGGCUCCUGCACCGUGGUCGACGACGGCCGGGGGAUCCCCACCGACGUCCACCCCAAGACCAAGACCAGCGCCCUGGAAACCGUCCUGACGAUCCUCCACGCGGGGGGAAAGUUCGAGAACCAGGGCAACGCCGGGGGCUACAAGGUCAGCGGCGGCCUGCACGGGGUCGGCAUCUCGGUCGUCAACGCCCUGUCCGAGUCGGUGGACGUCCUGGUGGACCGGGGCGGGAAGGCCCACUCGAUGCGCUUCGAGCGGGGCGUGCCGGUGGCGCAGCUGGCCUCGAAAAAGGGAAGGGGGUCGAUCGUCGACGGGGACGUAAAGGAGGAGCUGGGGGCCCUCCGGUCUUCCACCAACAAGAAGCUCUCCUCCAAGGACGAGGACCAGAAGGAGGCCGCCCGGUCCCGAAAGGAACGGGUAGAAAAGCUGGAGAUGCUCCGGGACCUGCAGAAGCAGCGAACGACCGGAACGAGGGUGACCUUCCUGCCGGACAUUGAGGUCUUCAAGGGGGACAAGGGCAAGCCCGACAUCUCCUUCGAUCCCUCCCGGCUCCGGGGGAGGAUGGACGAGAUCGCCUACCUCAACGCGGGGCUGGUCCUGGCCCUCAAGGACAAGCGGGCCAAGAUCCCCAAGAUGGAGGUCUACUACCACGCCGGGGGACUGGCGGAGUUCGCGACAGAGCUUUGCAAGACCAAGAGCCCGCUCUUUCCCCCCCCCAAGAAGCGGAGGAAAACAGCCGCGGCCUCCGCUUCCGAAAGCGACCCGCUGGAGGGACUCCUCUCGGACGACGGCCUCACGGUCCUGGCCUCGGGGUCCACCAAGCCGGACGCCAACGGAAACCGGAUCUCCGUCUCGGUGGCCCUGCGCUGGUCGUCCGACAUGUACACCGAAUCGAUCCUCUCCUUCUGCAACAACAUCCGGACCCGCGACGGCGGGACCCACGUCGACGGCAUCAAGACCUGCCUGACCCGGACGGUCAACUCCAUGAGCAAAAAGACCGGCAAGGCCAAGGAAUCCGACAAGAACCUCCCCGGGGACUUCGUCCGGGAGGGCCUGACCUGCGUCGUCUCCGUAUCGGUCCCGGAGCCCGAGUUCGAGGGCCAGACCAAGGGACGCCUGGGGAACAUCGAGGUCCGGCCGGCCGUCGACUCGAUCCUCGCCAGGGAGCUCGUCAAGCUCUUCGAGUUCCGGCCGGACCUGCUGGACGCCAUCUACUCCAAGGCGAGCGCGGCGCAGGCGGCCGCCUCCGCCGCCCGGGCCGCCCGCGACAUGGUCCGCCGCAAGACCCUGCUCACCUCCACCAUCCUUCCCGGCAAGCUCGCCGACUGCGCCACCAGCGACGCCUCCGAGUCCGAGAUCUUCAUCGUGGAGGGGGACUCCGCCGCCGGCAGCGCCAAGCAGGGACGCGACCGCCGGACCCAGGCCAUCCUGCCGCUCCGGGGAAAGAUCCUCAACAUCGAGCGGGUGGCGACCGAGAAGAUCUACCAGAACAACGAGCUGCAGGGGCUCAUCUCCGCCCUGGGGCUGGGCGUCAAGGGGGCCGAGUUCAACCCCGAGGCCCUCCGGUACGGACGGAUCGUCAUCAUGACGGACGCGGACGUCGACGGGGCACACAUCCGCGUCCUCCUCCUCACCUUUUUCUUCCGGUACCAGAGGGAGCUGAUCGAGAACGGCCACGUGUACAUUGCGCAGCCGCCCCUGUACAAGGUCUCGGCGGGGUCGGGCCGGGGCAGGAAGGAGCAGUACGCCUACGACGACGCCACGAAGGACUCGCUCGUCCGCGGCUUCGCCGGGACCGGCGGCGACGAGUUCGACGACGAGUACGGGGAGGGCGACGCCGUGGCAAACGCCCUCCGCAGCGGCAGGGUCACCGUCCAGCGGUUCAAGGGGCUCGGCGAGAUGAUGCCGGAGCAGCUCUGGACGACGACCAUGGAUCCCGAGCGACGAACCCUGCUGAAGGUAACGAUGGAGGACGCCGCCCUCGCCGACCAGACCCUGAGCAUCCUCAUGGGAGACUCGGUCGCGCCCCGAAAGGAGUUCAUCAGCACCAACGCCGAGAACCUCCGGAUGGACGACCUGGAUUUCUGAUGGCUUUGGUUCGAAACCGGGCGAUACCUCUCUGGCACAAAGCAGCAUCCGUCCGUCUUGGAUGCUUCUAUUGUUCUGUUUCGCAGCCCAGAAGAGUUCCUUAACCAUGGUUCCAGUUAUAUAUAGCUGGAAGAAAAACAUUCAAUAAACAGUGGUAUCAUACUUGACAAAAUUUAUUAUUUGCCUUGCAACGAUGAAAAAAAUGAUGGAAAAUCUUAUAAAAUAGAGUUAUGAAG